GGGCUGCAGAUCUCAGAUGGUGAGUUAAAGAAGAAUCAUGUUCUGGAAGUUUGCUGCAUGCCGUACAGGGUGACAUGGGCUGGAUGUGUGCAGGGGGAGUGACCAGCUCCAAGUCUAUUGUAUCAUAUAAGUGGUCAGUCCCUGCAGAGGACGCCAACACACUCCAGCAGUCAGGAUGAUGUACAGAUGUUCCAGGGAGACUCUGACAAUUGCCUUCCUUCUGCUUUCUGCCGCAUUCCCUCUGAUAUGUGCCCAGACUGUGAGCGGAAUAGAAGGGCAGUCUGUCACUCUGCCUUGUUUCUAUAACGUAAAAAAAAUCAGCGACAUCACCUCCAUGUGCUGGGGACGCGGAAGCUGCCCCAACUCCAAGUGUAAUGAAGUUCUUAUUUGGACGGAUGGAUACCAAGUCACACAUCAGUCAUCUGACCGCUACCAGCUCAAUGACAUCAUUGCAAGGGGCAAGAUCUCUCUAACUAUUAGCCAAGCAAGCAUGAGUGACGCCGGGACGUACUGUUGCCGCAUAGAACAUCACGGGUGGUUCAAUGAUGAGAGGAAAAACAUCCGACUGGACAUGGAAAAAGCUCCACCAACGACUCCACCGACAACCACAAGGAGGACAACGCCCCAAAGGACCCGCCCACCUAUCAGGAAAACUACUCGGCCACCUACAACGGCGAAGGCCACCACGCCAUCAGUUACAUCUGUAAAAGCUACAACUCUGCUACCUAUAACCAAAAUCAUUUCCACACCCCCACCUACACCUGCCAGAACCACCAUAGCAGUACCUACAAGUGAGGAAACUAUGGAAAUGACCACGGUACCUACAGCCGAAAGAACUACAACUCCACAGCCUACACCAACAGCAUUUACUUCAGCACCAGCUGUUCUAACUACAGUAUCAUCACCGCCAUUAUCAAGCCUACCCUACACUACCCCCAUUGAUGAGGCUACCACCGAAGCACAGCCUCUGAGCACAGAACCAUUCGUGAUUUGCAAUUUUUCGGAAGAAAUGAUUCACCCCCAUGAAGCAUUUGACCAUCAUAACCCUAGAAAUACGCUUCCUUCUCAACCUGCGCCCAAUUCCAGCGAAGACGGUAACUCAGACCUCUUCUCAGGGAAUAUGGAAACAAUGGAGAAAAAGGAAAGUAGUCUGACUCUCCAUAUGAUCAUCACUGCCGUUUGUAUAUCAUUAAUCGUAAUAGUUGUGGUUUUCCUGCUCAUUCUAAAGUUCAGAGGUAAAGAAAGAGGACGCUAUCUUUUUGGCUUUGACCCCAAUUUGGAACUGGUCAGUAAUGCCGAAGCUCCAUUGUCUGAAACAGACGCUGAAAUUUCACAAACAGUCACACUUGAAGUGGAUAAAGUUGAGGCUGACAAACCUACGUUAUAAAAGCGAAGGACUAACUAACAAAACUAAAGAUGAAUUUCUGCAUUUCAAGCUUUUCAGCCAACGAGAACUAUUUGUUCAGUUAAUUGUACAAGUUACACCCAAGUGGGAAAAUUGAAGACCGUUUCAUAAUGAUAGCAUUUCCCAUCACAACCAGAUUCCAGCUGCCUGUCCUCUAGUGCUGAAAAUAAAUGAAACACGGAUUGGUCCCAACUGAAGAUAUAAGCUUCACAGUCUUCAAAAAUAUCUUAAUUUUGCCUGUCUUUUACAAUUAUUCAUCUUCAGGCUCUGCUCCUGGUAAAAGAUCCUUUGUACUCCUC